AUGUUGUACGUGCCCGGAUCUUCCGAAAAGAUGAUCAAAAAGAGUCAGACUUCGUCUUCGGACUGCAUCAUCUUUGACCUCGAAGAUAGCGUCGCCGCUCACCGAAAGGGACUGGCGAGAGAGACCGUGUUCCACGCCCUCGAGGCGGCUGCGCGGCCCGGUCCGGAGCUUGCCGUGCGCAUCAACCCGCCCUCUGGAGACCAGACGCUCGCCGCAGACGACCUCGACGUGGUCCUCCCCGCCAGGCAGCUCGAGACCAUCGUGGUGCCCAAGGUCGAGCACGAGGACGACAUCCGCUUCAUCAUCGCCAAGGCCAGAGCACUGAGGCCCGCGCAGGACUAUCAGCCGCUCGACCUGGUGCUCUCAGUCGAAAGCGCCGCCUCACUGCUGCGGAUGCCCGAGAUCAUCGAGGCCAUCCGCAAAGAGACGCCCGCCGACUCCAGGCCAUCCGCUGAGAUCAGCGCCCUCGUCUUUGCAAGCGAGGACUACUGCGCCUCGACCGGCAUCAUCCGCACCCGGAGCCGACGCGAGCUCCUCUUCCCGCGCGCCCACAUGGCCACCAUCGCAAAGGCGCACAACCUCGCCGCCAUCGACAUGGUGUGCAUCGACUACAAAGACAUGGCCUACCUCGAAGAAGAGUGCGACGACGGCAAGGAGCUCGGCUACGACGGCAAGCAGGCCAUCCACCCUGCCCAGGUCGAGCCAAUCCAGCACAAGUUUGUGCCGAGCAAAGAGGCCAUCCGGAGGGCCGCCAAGAUCAAGCACCUGUACGAGCGCAGCGUCUCGGAGCACAGGGGCGCCUACGGGCUCCAGGAGGGCGAUUCCCUGAUCAUGAUUGACGCACCGAUGCUGCUGCAGGCCGAGGCGACGCUCUCAAAGGCGCGAGCGGCCCGCCUGGCCAUUCCGGACGUCUCCAAGGAAGAUGAUUGA